UUUCUUCCCCUCCUACUGUCGCUUGCGUAUGGAAAUGUAGGCAGUUCUGACAUUGUUGAAACUCGUUUCAGUGUCAUUGCUGCUGUUGUAGUUCACAGUUCAGUGUCGGAGAGUGAACGUUGUCAGUACAGCAGUUCAGUGUCUUAUUUAUAUUAGCUAAAAUAAGUCGAGGUUGGGGGCGACUGCGCAGUGGGAGUGAAGCCCGGUCGGGCAUGAUGCGCCCGGAGAGCACAGAAGAGCCACCAUGGUGAAAACCUGGAUAGGUGAAAGAGAACUUCAAUUUAACACUAAACAACAAGCAUGUGCAGUGUUUAACCAGCCUGGAGCACACAGGAACUGUUUUCUUCUGCUGGUCUGAGAGAUAUUGAAUAUUUGGACACCAGAGAGUUUUCUUAUGGAGAAUCUUAGCAGUCUGGACUACGUGAUGAAGUUUAAACCGAAUCAGACCAGGACGUACGACUGUGAGGGCUUCAAAAAACGAGCCGCAUGUCUGUGUUUCAAGAACGAUCGGGAAGACGAGGUGCUGCUUGUGAGCAGCAGUCGGCAUCCAGAUCAGUGGAUCGUUCCAGGAGGUGGGAUGGAGCCGGAGGAAGAACCGUGUGGAGCAGCUGUGAGAGAGGUCUAUGAAGAGGCUGGUGUAAGAGGCACCCUUGGCAGAUUACUAGGAGUUUUUGAGCAGAAUCAAAACAGCAAACAUCGAACAUACGUGUAUGUGCUUACAGUCACAGAAACGCUGGAGGACUGGGAGGACUCUGUUAACAUUGGUCGCAAGAGGAAGUGGUUUAAAAUUGAUGAGGCAAUCCGUGUGCUGCAGUGCCACAAGCCAGUCCACGCUGAGUACCUACGUAGACUCACCCCUCACUGUUGUUCCACCAAUGGAAACUCUCAAGAGCCAACCAGUCCGGAUGAUAACGCAGUCCUCCACCAGAGCACCUCACACGACUGCACUCUGCCCCGGUGACACAGAUAAAACUGGCAACGGCGUGUCAUUGUGUCAAACCAAAAAACAUUGCUGGACUUAAAUAGGACUAUUUUUGCAUGCAUUAUUAACAUAUUUAGAUGUUUUUAAAAAGCCAGAAGUUUAAUACGAAUGUGCCUUUAAUUGCAGGUCAUGCUUGUAGUGUGGAUAAAUUGUUUUUGAGCCAGAUAAGGAUGUAUUGACAUUUAGGAAGUGGGGAAAAAUUAAUGGCUUCUAGGUUUGUAAUAUCUAUCCAUGGUUGGAGUGGUAGAUAAAAAACGUUGGACACUUUUAUAGUUGGUAAAGCUGUUGGAAACAAUUACAGUAAAACCUUCUGUUUUCUUAAGUAUGUUUAAAGCAGUUUAAAGGUAAAGGUUAGUGCCUUCAGUAAGGAGUAAGUGCUCAAUUGUAAUUUUAUUCUCAAAAUCAGUCUGAGAUUGUAUUAUCUUUUUACUAGACUGGGUCUCCUGCAGCUUAGCCUUUCACUCAUCCAGUUCUUAUUAAUAAUGAACGCAACAGUUUUAUAUUCUAAUAACAAAUUGUCAGUUAAUUAGUUAUUUUGUAUUUUGAGUUAAUUAACAGGCUCUCAAGUUACCUUGGACAAUAAGUGUUAAAGUAAUAAGGUGUUUUUUGCACUGGGAUGGAAACCCAGAACAAGCAUGUGAUAUCAAUAAAAACAGAAAGGAGCCUCUGGGCCAGCUCAAUCAUUGAGUGUGAUUCUCUUGUGAUGGCCGAAAGGUGCCACAACACUAUACCCCAGCGAAGAGUACCAGCAUCUGUGCUGGCGGAAAACCAGACCGGAUCACAGUUUCAAAGAAAAUCAUGUUGCAAACAGAGGAGCCACCUUGAUAAACUAUGAUAAAUAAAAACACCUCCACCUGGAUCAAAUUCACGAUCAACCAGUCACAGGUGAAUUGUCAGUUAAAUAAUCUGCGCCUCCCUCUGCCGGCCAAAAAUGGUAAUGCAGCCAAACCCUAACUAUUGUUGACAGCCCUAUAGCAUCUAUCAAAAUAAGAAUUAAAUGCUGAAAAUAAGUGUUUUUAGUAGUUAAAAACACCUAGUGCACAUUUAAAGUAAAGGGGAAACCAUAAGGCAUGGCUAGAUUUGGAUAGUAUUGAAUCUAAAGAAGAAGUUUAUCUAAAUAUUAGCAAAAGCAAGACAUUACUGUUACAACAAAACACAUGUCAAAUAUUCUUUAUAAUAAAAUUAUAAUUUUGACUAAUUUUGUUGUUUAUAAGGAGUGGUUUUACAAGCACAAACUAACAUGUAUAUAAUUGAAUAAAAAA